AGUUACAAAAAACACAAGGCGCGCUUGUGGCUAUACGAGGCAACUCUAAGGGAAAGAAUAUGAACAAGAGUACCAGAGUUCUGGUUCGUCUUUAUAGCACUUCUCUGCUGGGGAUUAAAGUAAUCUAACUGAACUUCAAUAACUACCUAGAACUUAUCGCUUUAAAAUGUCGGACCAACCUGAUGACGACGUGAAACCAACAGAGGAAGAUGGCGAGGAUUCAAAAGAAGACCAAAGUGAAAACACUCGAAACAGUCGAUCGAAAAGUCCCAAGAAAACCCAAAAGAAGAAAUCAACGUCCAAGUCGCCAAGCAGAAAAGGCCGAGCCAACAAAAUCUAUCGCACACCGGUGACCCCUGAACCGGAAGAGCUUUUGUUCAGGGAGAAGUCGUUCGUGCUGGACUGCAACGCCACCAGCAGUAUCAGCAGGGACUACAGCAAGGUGAACCCAAAGCUAGGGCCGGUGAUACCCCCGUACAACUCCCAGAAGGACAGACAUGUCAAUAAUUAUUUCAGCUACUUUGGUGUGAAGAGGACUUUGAAGAAGAAUGAGCAGAACCUCAAUAAAUCUACGUCAAUAGACGGCCCAGUAGUGGACAAAUUCCAUCGGGAGGGAGCUGGAGCGGUGUAUCUGAAAUUACGAAACGAGUUCGGAGCAGGUCAUUCCCAAGAAACCAUCAACGGACAUGCGCAGUUUAUGCAAGGGGUCAAGGAAGUUCAAGGCUACAACGGCAAAUAUGGCUUCAGGCGGAACACGCCCUUCUUGAGGCAGCAGCCAACGCCAUUCGAACCAGCUAUUAUUUUGCCGACACACUAAUUGCACUUUGAAUUCGAAUUGUUUAAUUUAUUUGUCUAUACCUUCAAAUAUAACAAAGAUAACCGAAGUGGACCAUCGACAAAUUCUUCCCUUCUAUAGAUCUAGAUCUAGAAUUCUAGAGAUAAGCCAGUGUAGAGUUUGUUAGUUUUGAAUCUGGGAAGCAGAGAAAGUCAUUAGUAAAAGGUGAAAUUAUUAUAAAACUUUUAAAGCUGCAUCUUACUAUAAAUCGGAUCAAAGUCACAUGACACCAUUACACUUGAUUAACUCUUUGAUGCUAUAAAUAUCUACUUAAAACUAUUAACUCUAUUGAAUCUUAUAUUUCAUUUUUCUUUAUCACCGCAUCAGUAUUGUCAAUAAUCGUAAUCGUAGAGUUGUAUUAUUCAUUAAUAGAUGUACAGACUCAUUGCAUUCAUUGUAUUUGUACAACGCACUAUUUUUUUCAACUUGUCUACCUAAUUAAAAUAUUUUUUAUUCA